AUGGGACGUUCUUUCGUUGAACCGAGGGGAAUCGCGAUUAUCUUUGUUCCAUGGUAUAUUGAUGAGGGACGUCUGCAACAAGCGGCGCUUGACCUCCUUGCCGGCUGCGAUAUUCAAUUCCGUCGCGAAUCACGCCUCGAUAUUGCUCUAGUGAAGAAUCUCGACCUUGCCCUUAUCUUCCUUCCCGCAGCCGAUAUUCCCACAUUCGUCGGAGAUGGAUGCGUAGACCUUGGUAUCACCGGCCGGGAUCAAGUUGCGGAACAUAAUACUCGCCUUCUACCUGGAGAGCAAUCUGGCGUUGAAGAGAUUCUCGAUCUUGGAUUUGGUGGCUGCAAGCUUCAGGUUCAGGUCCCCGCGAAAGGCGAGAUACAAGAGGCUAGCCAGCUCGUGGGAAAGAAUGUGGUUACAAGCUUUACUGGCUUAGCGGAAGACUACUUUGCGCGCCUGGAGAAUGCCGGAAGGAAAGAAGAUGGCCGAUGGGAUCUGAAGACUAAGAUAAAAUAUGUUGGAGGGAGCGUGGAGGCAGCAUGUGCACUAGGUGUCGCCGACGGAAUUGUUGAUUUGGUUGAGUCCGGUGAAACCAUGAAAGCUGCUGGCUUAAAAGCCAUCGAUACUGUCGUCGAUAGCACCGCCGUGCUCGUAAAAUCUCGCAAGACUCGUAACCCGCUGGUCGAGCUCAUCACCUCCAGAAUCCAAGGAGUAAUCACCGCCAAAAAGUACGUUCUCUGCCAAUACAAUAUCCCCCGCGACCUCUUGGUCCAAGCAGCGAAGAUCACACCAGGCAAACGCGCCCCGACCGUAACGGCACUCGAGGAAAACGGCUGGGUUGCCAUCAGCUCCAUGGUGGAGAAAAAGCUGGUAGCUACUGUUAUGGAUGAGUUGUCUAGGGUGGGCGCGACGGAUAUACUUGUGUUGGAUAUCGCAAACUCCAGAACAAAGUGA